AUGGUCGCGCAAGCCAUCUCCCUCUCGCUGCCGACGCCGCCCACCCACCACCACCACCACCACCAUGCCAAACCUCCACCCCUGCCGCUCCACCACGCCCACGCCCCGCCGCCUCACCUCCUCCUCAAAGGCGGCUCGCUCGCCGAGGCGCUGCGAGGCGUGGACUCCUUCCGCGACGGGCGGCUCCUGGUCUCCCUCCUGCGGCAGUGCGCGGAGCUCCUCCACGGUGACGAGGACCCCGAGCGCGUCUCCGCGGCGCGUCGCGUCGCGCCGCAGCUGCAUUCUCUGGCCGUCCGCGCGGGCCACACGCGGGACCCGCGUGUCGCGUGCGCGCUCGCCGACCUCCUCGUGCGCCUGGGCCGCGGGGCCUCGGCCCGGCGCCUGCUCCAGGAGGCGGUAGCGGUGGCGAAGGAGGAGGAGGGCGACGAGGAACAGGACGUGGUGCUGUGGAACAAGCGCGUCGCCAUGCUCGCCGAGGCGGAGGAGUGGGGCGAGGCGAUCGCCGCGUUCGGGGAGAUGCGGGCGCGCGGGGUGGCUCCCGACGGGUACGCGUGCGCGCGGGCGCUCCACGCGUGCGGCCGCGCGGGGGCGCUGCGCGAGGGGCAGGCCGUGCACGCGCACGCGGCGAAGGCGGGCCACGUCGCCGCGCACCCGCUCGUGCCGGGCUUCCUCGCCGGCAUGUACGCCGAGAGCGCGGACGUGGGCGCGGCCAGGCGGGUGCUCGAGACGGAGGACGCGCCGCCCGUCGCGUGGAACGUCGUCGUCGCCUGCUGCGCGCGGCUCGGGCUCGUGGACAACGCGCUGGACCUCGCGGAGCGCAUGGCGAGGUCGGGCCAGCUGGAGCCCAGCCUCGCGACGUGGAACGCCGUGCUCUCCGGCUGCGCGCGGCAUGGGCGCGACCGGGAAGCGUUCGGCGUUGUUCGGAGCAUGCUGGAUCAGGGGCUGCGACCGGACUCCAGCUCCAUGUCAAGCCUGCUCAAGUCUGUGGCCAGCUUGGGUCUGCUUGCCCAUGGUAUGGAAGCCCAUUGCUUCUUCCUCAGGAAUCAGCUCGAGCCGGACGUGUACACUGGGACGGCGUUCGUUGACAUGUACGCCAAGUGUGGCCGCCUCGAAUACGCCCAGAAGGUGUUCGAUACGGUGGAGCUUAGGAACAUCACCAUAUGGAACUCGUUGGUUUCAGGGUACGCGAACGACGGUCAGUUUGACCAUGCACUGGACCUUGUGGAGGAGAUGAAGAAGAACAGGCUUGAUCCUGAUGUAACCACUUGGAACGGGCUGAUCAAUGGUUAUUCGAUGAACGGUCUGAGUUCGCAGGCUGUGCUGCUGCUCCGGCAGAUCAAGGCGAUUGGUUUGACACCAAAUGUGGUUUCUUGGACCUCACUGAUCUCUGGGAGCUGCCAUAGUGGAGACUAUGAAGAUUCGUUCUACUUCUUCAAUGAGAUGCAGAAGGACCAUGUCCAGCCCAGCGUGGUUACCAUGUCGGUCUUGCUGAGGGCUUGUGCAGGGCUUGCUUUGCUGAAGAAAGGGAAGGAGCUGCAUUGUUUUGCGCUGCGAAGAGCGUAUGAUCAUGACAUGGUUGUUGGAACAGCACUAAUUGACAUGUACUCAAAGUCAGGAAACUUGGCAAGUGCAAAGCGGAUAUUCGAAAGGAUUCAGGAGAAUAAUUUGGUGUCCUGCAAUGCGAUGCUCACUGGGCUGGCAGCCCAUGGGCAGGGCCGUGAAGCAAUUUCGCUGUUCCAUGACAUGUGCAAUUCAGGAUUGAAGCCAGACAGUAUAACCUUCACAGCACUGCUUACUGCUUGCAGAUCAAUGGAGUUGAUCACUGAAGGGUGGGAGUACUUCGAUAGCAUGGAAAACAGAUAUGGUGUGACACCGACCGUUGAGAACUAUGCAUGCAUGGUUGACCUUUUGGCAAGGUGCGGCUACCUGGAUGAAGCAAUGGACUUCAUCAAUAAGUCACCAUUCAAGUCAGCAGCAAGCUUAUGGGGAGCUCUUCUAACCGGUUGCACGGUACACGGAAACCUUGCUCUUGCCGAGGCUGCUGCAAGGAAAUUGUUCAAACUAGAGCCGUACAAUUCAGCCAACUACUUGCAGAUGGUGAACUUGUACGAACAUGAACAGAUGUUUGAUGAAGCUGAGAGCCUCAAGUAUGCAAUGAAAGCAAGAGUGCUGGAUACUCGACCUGGGUGGAGCUGGAUACAGAUUGAGCAAAGUAUCCAUGUGUUUGAAGUCGAGGGGAAGCCACAUCCAGAUACUGCAGAGAUAUAUGAAGAACUGAUGCGUUUGGUUUUUCAGAUCAGAAAGGCAGGAUAUGUUCCAGACACUAGUUGCAUAGUGUAUAACGUUCCAGAAGAAGAGAAGGAGAAGCUGCUGCUCAGCCAUACUGAGAAGCUAGCUAUCACCUAUGGUUUGAUCCAUUCAGAUUCAAGCAGAGUGCCCAUCAGGGUGAUCAAGAACACCAGGAUGUGCAAUGACUGCCAUGAGGUGGCCAAGCAUAUCUCUGCUCUAUGCGACCGGCAAAUUAUUCUUCGAGAUGCCAAUAGGUUUCACCAUUUUACGGAUGGGAAAUGCUCUUGCAAUGAUUGCUUGUAA